UUGAGACGCGCCCUCGGUCUGUCAGUUGAGUGUGCAGGGCGCAGAGAGAGCUCUCAGUGCGGUCGGAGAUGGUUCCUGAGCGGGGAGAGGAGCUGCAGCUGGAUGGAGGAGAUAUUUAGCGGAGGAUUUCUCGUUCAGCCUGUCUCAGAGUUUCUCACGCACCCCUCGCGGACCUGUAACCCGAUAUAAACCCCUUUCCCCGGACGGUGUGAGAUCAAACCCACGAUGGUGCAGCAGUAUCAAUCCCCCGUCCGUGUCUAUAAGCACCCCUUUGAGCUGGUCAUGGCGGCGUACGAGAGGAGGUUCCCCACGUGUCACCUCAUCCCCAUGUUUGUGGCCAGCGACGUCCUCAGCGAGGAAACAAGUGAGGACAACUCCAUGCACAAAAUUGAGAGGCGGUGCAAGCUGGAUGUCGACGCCCCUCGACUCCUGAAAAGGAUCGCAGGUGUGGACUAUGUUUACUUCAUCCAGAAGAACACACUGAACUGCCGAGAGAGGACGCUGCAUAUUGAGUCGCACAACGAGACCUUCUCCAACCGCGUCAUCAUCCACGAGCUCUGCUGCUACUCGGUUCACCCCGAGAAUGAGGACUGGACGUGUUUCGAGCAGUCGGCCAGCCUGGAUAUCAAAUCCUUCUUCGGGUUCGAGAGCACUGUGGAGAAAAUUGCCAUGAAGCAAUAUGCUAACAGCAUCAAAAAGGGUAAAGAGAUCAUCGAGUACUACCUGCGUGAGCUGGAGGAGGAGGGCAUUACCCACGUGCCCCGAUGGAGCCCUAGUACCACCCUCAUUCAGCCGGUCAUCUCGAUCACACCCCCGGCUCCUCCUACUACUGCCCCCAUCGCAAUCACUGCUCCUGCUGAGACCAGCAAAGAUGUGGUGGCAUGUAAAGAAGGCAGCAGUCCAGUAGGCAGCGCCAACGAGCCACUCGCCGCCACUCCUGAUGAUAAACUGGAUGCUGAUUACAUCAACCGUUACCUGGGUGACCUCACACCUCUGCAGGAAAGCUGCCUCAUACGCCUCCGCAGCUGGCUGCAGGAAACGCACAAGGGCAAGAUCCCAAAGGACCAGCACAUCCUGCGCUUCCUGCGAGCGCGAGACUUCAACAUGGACAAAGCGCGAGAGAUCCUGUGUCAGUCUCUCACCUGGAGGAAGCAACACCAGGUGGAUUACCUGCUGGACACCUGGAGCUCACCGCAGGUCCUCCAUGACUUCUACACUGGGGGCUGGCACCAUCACGACCGCGAUGGCCGUCCUCUCUAUAUCCUGCGUCUGGGACAGAUGGACACUAAAGGUCUGGUUCGAGCUCUGGGGGAGGAGUCCCUGCUCAGACAUGUUUUGUCCAUAAAUGAAGAGGGAUUGAGGAGGUGUGAAGAGAACACCAAGGUCUUUGGACGCCCAAUCAGUUGUUGGACGUGUCUGGUGGAUCUGGAAGGUUUGAACAUGAGGCAUUUGUGGCGUCCGGGUGUUAAAGCUCUGCUGCGCAUCAUCGAGGUGGUGGAGGCAAAUUACCCAGAAACCCUCGGGCGUCUCCUCAUCCUGCGUGCCCCCCGGGUCUUUCCUGUGCUCUGGACUCUGGUGAGUCCGUUCAUCGACGAGAACACGCGUAAGAAGUUCCUGAUCUACGCCGGAAACGACUAUCAGGGCCCUGGCGGUCUGGUGGAUUACAUCGAUAAGGAAGUCAUCCCCGACUUCCUGGGUGGAGAGUGUAUGUGCGAGGUCCCCGAGGGCGGCCUGGUUCCCAAAUCUCUGUACAGAACCCCUGAGGAACUAGAGAACGACGGCAUCAAGCUGUGGACGGAGACCAUUUACCAGAGUGCCAGCGUCUUUAAAGGAGUGCCGCAUGAGCUGCUGAUCGAGAUCAUCGACGCCUCCUCCGUGAUCACCUGGGACUUCGACGUGUGUAAAGGAGAUGUGGUCUUCAACAUCUACCACUCCAAACGGGCUCCUCAGCCCCCCAGGAAGGAGGCGCUGGCGUCUCACAGCAUCACGUCGCCCGGGGGCAACAAUGUGCAGCUCAUCGACAAGUCGUGGCAGCUGGGGCAGGACUACAGCAUGGUGGAGUCUCCACUCACCUGUAAGGAGGGAGAGAGCGUACAGGGUUCUCAUGUGACGCGCUGGCCUGGGUUCUACAUCCUGCAGUGGCGGUUCCACUCGAUGCCUGCAUGCGCCACCACCAACCUGCCGCGUGUGGACGACGUGCUGGCGACGCUGCAGGUCUCGUCCCACAAAUGUAAAGUCAUGUACUACACCGAGGUCCUGGGUUCAGAGGACUUCAGGGGUUCGAUGACGAGUCUGGAGUCGAGUCACAGCGGCUUCUCUCAGCUCAGUGCCGCCACCACGUCCUCCAGCCAAUCACAAUCCAGCUCCAUGAUCUCCAGGUAGAGCCGGGAGACACAAGAUGGAGGACGGAGGGGGAGGGGUCACAAGAUGGAGGACAGAGGAAAAUAAUUACACGCAUUUGAGAAGUGCCGUGGCGUUAAAGGGCUUUAAAGAUCUGCGUUGCCAUGGUGCUCGGCUGAGCUGCUGGUCAGGUCACUGAGCACUUCCUGUUUCCUGUUUUUCAGUCUGAUGGGCCAAGCAAUACAAGUACUGUCUGAUCUGUAAAAGCAGGACGAGUUGUUACACACAGCACAGGAAUACUGUAUACACACUUUUUGGGGUUUUUUUUUUGGGGGGGGGGGGGGGGGGGUUUGCUGACGGAUUCAGCGUUUAUAGGUCAAAGGUCAGGUUUGUAAACGUGGCAAAGCGUCCACACAAAGCAAUAAACAUUUCUCUUCGUGUUUAUCGCGAGCGUGUCGUGUGUUUCAGUGGUGUUUAAGGGUGCUCCGUACUCGGUUUGUUAGUUAUUAGCUUACUUUUAUUCUAAUUUUUUGUUAAAUUUAAUUAAUCCUAAAGAUUUCAACGCCUUCGUCCAGUUUAUGAUCUCACGAACUGAUCCGUUUCUAUGCAUUGAAAAACCUGGGGAAAAAAUGCCAAUAUUUUUGUUUUAUAGGUCAAAAACGAAAGUGGUUUGGGUUGGACUGGAUGGUUUUUUUUGUUUGUUUUUUUUUUGUUUUUAAAUCAGAAAUUGUGUCAAAUUGCAUGUUCAUAUUACAAUUAGAUGGUUAACGUUGGCAAUGGAACAGAUCUCGUGUUUUAAUAAAUAAAUAAAACUUUAUAGCAUGAAAAGUGUCGAAUGCGGCAGCCUGAGUAGUUCAGAAGAUUUCUCAAAGUGAACCAGAUGUCCAGCAAGGCCGUGAAUUAUUGUUUUUAACAAAACUUUCUCUAUCUCAGGCUAGCAAAGAACAAUGUAUGAAAGGCAUGAAUUUUAAACUGCAAGUUUUAGGGGCUCCCCCAUUAGGUUUUUUUUUUUGGGGGGGGGGGGGCCUUCCCAUCUAAACUCGAAAUGACCCAUGCUAGCUAGCAAACCGUAACGCACUGUAGCUAGCCGAUAGCUUUACAACUUGUAUGGGGCAUUAAAUAUCUUAAAAAUUCAUGGCCUUUCUAGACACCUGCAAUUAUUAUUAUUAUUUUUUUUUAAUAUAUAUAUAGAGGUCGAUUUAUUGCAAGCAGUGGUUUUUCAGGUCAGUUUAUUUAUUUUUUUUUUCCAAAUUAAGUAUCAAAAUUGUAACAGUUUUACUGCGUGUGAGCAGGUCGUGUGUGUGUGUGUGUGUGUGUGUGUGUGUAUUACUAGUAGUAGUAUUUAACUCAUCUCCAUUAUAUAAACGAGGGCAUGUCACUCAGGUAACGUUUACUUUACUCACCCGUGACAUACCUGUGCAGGUGAGUGAUGAGGUCAUGAGCUGAGCUGAGGAGAACCUUACUUCGAGAAAGGUCAUGGCUGUGUUCCAAAACCAAAGUGUUCAAUCUUGAAUGUUUUCCGAUAGUUACGAUUUAAAACAAGAGAGGGUUCGUUGUGAUGCUCGCUCAACCAUUUAGUGAAGACUGGAGUGCACACUUGGUAGGGAGACUAGUUUUGUUUUAUAUAUAAAAUGUCCAGCAGGUUGUAACACUUGGGUUUUCAUCAUUCAGGUCGUGGGUUUAAACCUGAGACACCGAGUGCGAGGACAUUUCAGGAAGCCGUCUUUUAGCAAAUCACGGCUGUGUUUCAAAUCCAAACUGGCACGAGCUUUUCUAAACUACUGUUUACUCUGGAAGGUGAAUUCGUACGUCUCGUGUGAUCAUCUGUGAAAUUAUCUUGGCUUUGUUCCAAAUCAAAACUGGAAAAGGUGGGCUUUUUUUUUUAAAGGGGAAAAAAAUCAGAGAGCGAGGGAGAGUAUAAGUCUCACUCAACCGUUUUUGUGACCUUCACGCUUUGGUGCUUUUGAACAGAGCGAUGAUGAGGUUGGUGAGGUGAGAUGAACACCCCAGCUGGAUGUGUUCCAAAUCGGAGCUGGAACACUCACGUGCCAAGUGUUUAGACUUGAAAGAGGAAAAAAUGUGAUGCGUGUUGUGGAUUUCAGAUUUACUCAAGUUGGUGUUUGAGUUGAUAAUGGUGGGUUUUUUUGUUUGGGUUAUUUUUUUUUCUUUUUUUUUUUUUUUCUUUUCACUCCACAUUUCAGGCUGUGUUCCAGCUCAGAAACUGGAAAAUUCAAGGUGUGGUUUUCUGAUUAAAUACAUGAGUUCUACUGUGUACUUGGUGGAGAGGCUUGUGAAGGGUGGGGUUUUUUAAUAAACAUUUCCGAUCAUGAUAAAUAUAUUUAUAUUUUUACAUUUUACAUGUCAUGCACAAAAGCACAGGUUUGUCGUCACAUUUCCACCAUUUUUGAGUGCAUUUUUUUUGGGGGGGGGUUAUCGGUUAGCUAAAUGCUAGGCACUUUCUGGAUGUUGAGAUGCACACGACGUCUGUUCUUUCCUCAACAGUUUACAGCGACGCAACAGACUGGACAAUCUCCUCACAAUGCAGCAUCGCAUUGGCGUCAUGUUCACGUUUGUUCUUGUGUGACUAGCAAAGUAGGGCUAACGCGAACAGAGAAACAGGGCUGCACCCAUAUCGCGUUGUAGCUCCGCCCCUUUUAUUAUCACUCUCGCAACAGAAAAGACAGACGUCAGCAAGGAUUAUGGUUUACAAACAUUUACGAAGCUCAUUCGCUCAUUGUUUCAUGUUUUCAACUACAUGCAAAAAGUGGUGGAAUUGCAUUUUGGCUCUCCUCCCCCCCAUUAAAGACUCCAAAAGCCCCGCCCACUUUUUAAAAAUCAGUCUCUGAAAUCGAUUUUGGUAAAUUUUCAGAGCAACCAGAUGUAAAUGCAUCUUUCACAUCCUGUGUCCUUUCAAUGAAAUGGAUUUUCUGUACCAAGUACCCCCCCCCCCCCAAAAAAAAAUCACCAUAGUAGCAGGUCAAAGAAAUCUUAACCAAAAAAGCAACUUGUGGGCGUGGCCUGCCAUUUGCGGUCAAUGGUGAUGGCCAGAACGUACUGCCCUGAUUUAUGUACACCGUUAUCGUUAUUGCGGAGUUGGUGAUUUUUACAUCCAGACGUAGAACUGGAUUAGUGACGGUCACAUGGUGCGUUUUCAAAACAGCCAAUCGGAGCGUCUUGAUCCGGCUCAUCAUGUAAUGAGAUUCAGAACGUGAUCCGCAUCACAGCUUUUAUUAGCUGCUGCACUCUGGCUCAUGUGACGUGAACUCUGUAACCAUAGCAACAUGCUUAACUACUGCUCUUAUCAAGCUGAGCUUUCUGGAAUAACUUUAAUUUAUAUUGGAAACGCAGAUAAACUAUUUGGCUUGAAAAUUUGAGUUUUUUUUUUUUUUUUAAACGUCACGUAUCAUAUUGUAUUGUAUCGUCAAACGUCCCAAAAAUGUUUUGCUUGGUCAACAAAUGUUUUCCGUUUAAUUUCCAUCUCCUCUUCUCUCACUGAGACUUUUUCACCAGCACGCCACGUGUUUGUGGGUUGAAGGCGUGAAAGCAGCCUGCGACAUUCGACAAACUUGAACUGAAGCAAUUACAAGAACUGAAAUCUUUAUUACAUUAACAGAAUUAAUGAAAUGGUCAUGAUUUUCUUUACAGCAGGUCAUAAAGGUGACGCAGAAUUCCAUGAAACUUCAUGAUCCUUCAUUGACAUCGUUGGGGUUUUUGUUUUUUGUUUUCCUGCUCUAAAGCUCACUCACUGUCUCAGCGUGGUGUGAGGACGUCUUUCUCUGCUCGCUGUUUGCCAUACCAUACGAGGGCUAUGUAUAUAAUAAUAUAUAACUGUCUUUUUGUUUUUUCUUUUCAUGAAUGUCUGUUUCUCAUCCACGCACGCGCUGGGCUCCUCGUUCGCGCACACUGCAUAUCUUUCUCUCAUUUAAAUAACUGUGUAAAGAUAAACCUUUGAGAUUAAUAUACGAGAGAGCACCUUUACAUUUGUUUUUCUUUGGAAAUUAUUAAACUUGAAUUAAGAGAUCA